AUGGCUUUUACACUUGAAUGGAAAUUCAUGAUUUCCAUGUUCAUAGGGGUUUCGGGGACUUGGGCAUCAAAAGCCGCAUCCACCGCGUUGGAUGAAGCUUCAAUGGCGAUGAAAUAUGCAGAAAAUUCUUUCUGGAACGAAAAACUGACUGAUGUUCCACCAACCAUUGACUGGAGGAACGAAGGAGCUGUCACCCCCAUAAAAUUCCAAGGUGAAGUUGCUGGGCAUUUACAGCAGUGGCUGGCAGCUGUGGAGGGAAUUACACAAAUCAAAACUGGUAGCUUGAUCUCACUGUCCAACAACUAG